AAGAAACCUGUUACUGUUUUACUGUCUUUGCUGAAGCUGCUUUCAGUUUGAAGAGCUCCUCCUCUGCAAGCAGGGCAGCUGAAAAGAGACGCUGACGUGAACAGGAAGUCAGCCUGAAACAGGACAGAAACCAUUAUACCGUUAGCAGACAGAAACACUCAGCUGUAUUUAAACAACUUGGUUGGACUGAGAUGGAAGUUCCCUAAAAGUGACAGCAUGGAAAAACUUUCUGUGGAGCUCCUGAAUACUCUCAAGAACCUGAAGCAGGAUGACUUUGAACAAUUUAAAUGGUUUUUGAAGCAGGAUGACAUGUUGAAAGGUCAAAAGGGCAUCCCAGCAGAUGAGCUGGAGGGGGCAGAAAGAUGGGAGACGGUUGAUCUGAUGCUACGCCAAUACAAAGGCCCUGGAGCGAAGCAGGUGGCAAUCAAUAUUUUAGAGGCGAUUGGACAGAACAAACUGGCGGGUCAGUUAAAAAGAUUCUGCGAAGAACAAGAUCUCAGACCUCGGCAUCUACGUUUUGUGACAGAAGGCAUUGGAGAAAAGGAAGCCGAGUUGGAAAAACUCCGUGAGUUUGCAGUGGACGUAACCUUGGAUCCAGAUACGGCGCAUCGCGAUCUCGUCCUCUCCAGUGAUGGGAAACAAGUUUACGACACUAACGUGACUAAAGAUCUCCCAAUGACCUCACAGAGAUUUGACACAUGUGCCAGUGUAUUAGGAAAAGAGACAUUUUCUUCAGGAAAGUUCUACAUUGAGGUUCAGGUUGAAGGGAAGACUGCUUGGUCUGUUGGGGUGGCCCGGGAGUCCAUCAACCGGAAAGGAAAAAUCUGCCUCAGCACCGACAAUGGCUUCUGGGCCAUAUGGUUAAAGGACAAGGUUUAUGAAGCUUUGGCAAAGCCUUCAGUCGUACUCCCUCUGAAAUCCCGUCUUCAGAAGGUGGGUAUCUUUGUGGAUUAUGACAUGGGCCUCGUCUCCUUCUAUAAUGUAGAUACAGCAGAUCUGAUCUAUUCCUACAAAAAAUGCUCCUUCAAAAAAAAUCUCCUGCUGUAUAUUAACACAAGUAGUAACUGCAAUGGCAGAAACUCUGCUCCGAUGAUCAUCACUCCUGUAGUUGACAAGAUAAACAAAGCAACACUGAGGAGCAUCAAGGAGUUUGCAUUUGAGGUGACUUUGGAUCCAGAUACGGCACAUCCGGAACUAGUUUUAUCUGACAAUGGGAAACGGGUCCAUCAUGAAGACGUGAGGAAAGACAUUCCAGACAAUCCACAGAGAUUCAGUGACCAUGUCAGUGUAUUAGGAAAAAGCUUCUUCCAUCAAAGAUUCUACUUCGAGGUCCAGGUUAAAGGGAAGACCGACUGGACUAUAGGAGUUGCCACUGAGUCAAUUGAAAGGAAGGGAGAACUCACACUCCAACCAGAAAGUGGUUUCUGGACAAUUUGUCUAAGGAACGGGGAAGAAUACGAGGCAUUUGAUAAACCAAUAGUCCGAUUAACUAGAAGAUUAAAUCCAGAGAGGGUGGGAGUAUUUGUUGAUUAUGAAGGAGGUCUGGUCUCCUUUUAUAACGUAGAUACUGCUGAUCUUCUCUACUCCUUUACUGGUUGCUGCUUCGCGGAGAGACUUUUGCCUUUCUUUAGUCCCUGCACUAAUAUUGGAGGUACAAAUUCUGCUCCUCUGAUUAUUUCUCCUGUCAGUCUCUUUGAUUAUUAGAUCAAUCUUAUCGUCAUUUGAAAGAGCUAGUGACAGCCUGUGUCGACAAGUGACGGUACAUCCUGAGAACAUCACCAGUCCAUCUCAGAGACACACAGGACAGUCAACCAUGCUCAGUCUUAGACUUGAGGUCGACUGAGGGUACAUUCACACCAACCCUGGUUAGCCCACGUUAAAAUGGAAAGUCCAGUUCAGUGAGAAUGCAUAAUCAAAAUCUGACUUGGACCAAAAAAGCAAACUCUGGUUCACCUACCAACCAAGGUCUUGGAUUGGUUGAAGUACAAUCUGGCAUGGUUCGAAGGGACAUGUGAACGCCAAGCGGACCAGAAACCGCUCCAAAGACAGAAAGCAAACUAUAGCAUUCUGGGUAAAUACAACCACAACAAACACACGUCUACUUCCAGAAGGAGAAAUGACUUGUGGUCUUUUACCAGAGAAGAAAUACUACAACCACUAAAAUCUGUUGCCAGUCCGUUUUUGUUUACUUUGUGUGAAGAAGGAAGUUGCGCUUGGCGUCUUCUUCAGGUUUCCUUUAGUGACUCUUGGUGCAGCUCCACCACAGCCAAGGAGCAACAGGUUGCUCAAAAGGUUUGCUCCAUUUCCAGUGGGAAAGACAACAGCUAAGAAUUUACCAAAUGUCGCAAUUUUCUACAAGACACAUCAGGUAUGAAACAAACAUAGAGACCUGUAAAGUGUUUUUUGAGUGGCAGGGGUUUGGACUGUGGGAGGAAGUCAAACUGCCCAUAGAGAACCCAUCUAUAUACAGGGAGAACAUGUGGACUACAUGCAGAAAGACCCCAGGUCAAGGUUCAAAGACUCAUACACCUCGUUAUUCUCUCAGUCCUGGUCUUAUAUGAAUUUUGUUUCUUUCCAGCUUGAGACUUUCUUCCACUUUCAGCACCUGUAGUUCCUGUGUUUGCUGCUUUGCGCUGUGCUCUGGUUUGUGACUCAACGUCAUGUUUACAGACGAGUAAAUCAUUGCACUGGCUCAUUUGGUGCUCCAAGUACUGCAGCGGUUAAAGGUCUUAGUUCAUUGAAGUUUGAAAUGUUGAUUAAGAUUUUUAGAUAAAUCAUAAUAAAAUGAAAUUCUUAGAAACCAGGAACUUUGUGUUUUUUCUUCCACCUAGAAUGUUUUAUUUCCAAGUUGAAAGGGAAGUAUGACAUAUUUGACAAA